AAAAAAUCGCAGGUCGUUCCAAAGAAAAUCUCACCUCUUUUGGUGCUGAAGAUCGAUCACUCAUGGCUGUCAAUCCCCAACUCUUCCCAAACGGGAUGCCGGUUCCUUUUGUGAACGAGAUCUUUGUUUUAGCCCGAGACGGGGUUGAAUUUGAAAUCGAUAAGAUCUCCGGAACUCAUGGGAGUCAUGUCAAUGCCAAGGGGACAAUCUAUUUGUCAAAUGUGCGCAUGGUCUUUGUUGCAAAUAAACCUGUUGGAGACUUCGCUGCUUUUGACAUGCCACUGCUUUAUGUGCAUGCUGAAAAAUUUAACCAGCCAAUAUUCUUCUGCAACAAUAUAUCGGGACUUGUGGAGCCGGUUGUGCCAGAGGACCAGCAUAGAGCCCUCUAUUCCACUCAUUCUUUCAAGAUCUAUUUUAAGGAAGGGGGCUGUGGAACCUUUGUCCCACUGUUUUUCAACUUGAUUGCUUCUGUGAGACAAUAUAAUCAACACAUUUCUCAGUCUGGUUCUGAGGCAGUUCCUCGAGUGGAUCCUUUACAAGCAACUCAAACACCAGUUGACGAAAUGAUGAGACAUGCGUAUGUUGAUCCAAAUGACCCUACAAGAAUAUUCCUACAACAGCCUAAUCGAGAAUCUCAACUGAGGCGGCGUACAUACCAAUCACAACCAGUGGAAGAUUACUCAUGAUCAUCGUGUAUUAGAUGGAUGGUGUUUUGUCUUUGGAUGCCCUGUGUGUAACAAGUACCAACUAGU